UCCUCUUUUUCUCUACAGGCAACUUUUACGCAAAGCAUACAAUGGAGAUGGAAUUGCUGGCCAGGCCGCCGGUGAAGGCAUUUGAUGGCGAAGGCGGAUCCUACUCCGCCUGGUCCCCCGAUGAAUCUAUAAUUAUAGGAGAGGCCAAUGUUGGGGCCGCCAAGUUUGUCCUGCACCCGUUCGGGUUUGGGCUGCCUCAUUACUCCGAUUCAUCCAAAGUCGGAUUUGUACUCCAAGGCACCGGCGGAGUUGCCGGGGUGUUGUUGCCUCAGUCAGCGGAAGAGAGGGUGGUGAAGCUAAAGAAGGGCGAUAUGAUUGCAUUACCGGUCGGCACCAUCUCCUGGUGGUUCAACGACGGUCAAGAUAACUCCGACCUGGUCAUAGUCUUCCUGGGAAGCACCUCGAACUCCUAUAUUCCCGGGACAUUCACCUACUUCUUCCUGGCUGGACCGCAAAGCAUCCUGGGCGGUUUCUCUCCCGAGGUCACCCGCAGAGCCUACAACAUGAACAAAAAGGAAGUGACCGAACUCACCGAGAGCCAGCCACACCCGCUGAUAGUGAAGCUCAAUGCUCAUACCGGCAUAGGGGACUUGGCCAAAACCGAAGCGAUCAUCGGAAGGCCGCUCCUUGAAGAUGGGAGAUCAACUGUGGAGCUGACGGGCUCGGAGGUGCCUCUGCUGGAGCAGGCAGGCCUGAGUGUCCAGUGGGUGAGACUGGAUGCCGGUGCUCUGCUGGGCCCGACUUACACCGCGGACACAUCGGCCCGGGUUAUGUAUAUGGUAGGGGGUAGUGGGAGGGUGGAGAUCGUGGGGUUCAACGGGAAGAGGUGCAUGGCCGAAGUGGUGAAGGAAGGUGAAGUCGUCGUGGUGCCCAAGUUCUUCACGGUUGCCGCUGUUGCCGGAGAAGAUGGAAUGGAGUGCGUCACCGUCACGACUUCUCCACGGCAUGUCGUGAAGGAGUUGGCGGGGAAAGCAUCGCCAUGGAAGGCAAUGAGUCCGGAAGCCUUGGAAGCAGCUCUCAAUGUGUCCUCUCCGUUCCUCAAGUGUUUCCUGUCUAAGAUUGAUGAUCUCUCCUUCUAGAGAUUCCACAUUAAUUCCCUUUCUAUUUAAUUAAUUACAUGUGCAAUGCCAUAGUUGAAGUAA